GCAAAUGGCGACCCAAGUUCCAACGGACCAAGAGUCUUGAGCGCGAUGAAGCUGACUAUUUGUAUUCGGGUGGCCUCUUGGCUGAGAGAUAAUGACUACGGUUCGGAGUAACUAGUCGCAAGCAGCUGGGUAUCUAGAAUCGAUGCCCCAUUUCAAAAUGGGUCCGGCCAAGACAACCAUGCAGUUGAGGUGCAAGGGAGGAGGAUAAAUUUCAAAGAAGACCAACGUCUUAUCGCCGCUCAUUGCUUUCGUGGUCUUUAAAGGCCAGCAAAUCCCGAGCUGGUCAAGGGAUACGCCCAAAAGCAGCACAAACCUAUAGCGGCUGUCAUCCUGGUUCACCAUGGCUGAGCCAGUCUACAACGCUUCGACGCCGGAGGGCGGGGACCCGACCAAGGUCGAUGUGAACGCACAAUACGCCGGAUAUGAGUACAAUUACGUUUAUAUCGUCACAUGUACAUUCAUCGUCUUCUUCAUUCUACCUGGUAUUGGCAUGCUUUACAGCGGUCUAACACGGAGGAAAUCUGCGCUGGCGCUGCUCUUCCAGUCCUUCAUGGUUCUUGCGGUAUCUACAUUCCAGUGGUUAUUCUGGGGCUAUUCGCUUGCCUACUCCAGAGAUGGGGGACCGUUCAUUGGUACCCUGAAGAACUUUGGGUUGAUGGAUGUCCUGGUGGCACCUUCGCCUGGCUCCGCUGUAUUGCCAGAAGUCGUCUUCUGUCUAUUCCAGCUCCUGUUUUGCGCAUGCACUGUAAUGAUCGUCGUUGGCGGUGCCUUCGAAAGAGGGGGUAUCAUACCGUCGUUGAUCUUCAGCUUCUUCUGGGCAACCAUCGUCUACUGCCCAUUGGCCCGGUGGACAUGGAGCAGCAACGGAUGGUUAUACAACUUACCAGCGAUUGAUUUUGCUGGAGGAGGUCCGGUGCACAUCGCUUCCGGCUGUACAGCCUUGGCGUACGCCUUGGUUUUGGGGAAGCGUAGAGACUAUGGGGAGCCUUCGCUCCGCAAACCACAUAAUACCACUCUGGUUUUCCUCGGCACUGUCCUGAUUUGGACUGGAUGGUUGGGGUUCAAUGGAGGCUCAAGUCUCAAUGCUAGCAUGCGCGCCAUGGUUGCCGUCUUCAACACAAACACGGCCGGAUGUAUGGGCAUCCUCGGGUGGGUGCUGGUUGACAUGAUCAAGUAUAAGGGAAAGUUCACCAUGGUUGGUGCUUGUGAAGGUGCAAUUGCUGGCCUUGUCGGGAUCACGCCAGCGGCUGGCUGCGUAUCUCUGUGGCUCGCGGCGUGUAUUGGCUUCAUUACCAGCGUUGUAUGCGCCUCCCUCCAGAACGUGAACGAGUGGAUCCACGUUGAUGAGGGCAUGGAUGUCUUCAAGCUCCAUGGCCUCGGUGGUAUGGUGGGCGCUUUCCUAACGGGAUUAUUUGCGAGUGAAAAGAUCUCGGCGCUGGAUGGAAGCAGCCUGUCCCCUGGAGCCAUUGAUGGAAAUGGCGUCCAGGUUGGAAAGCAGCUGGCGGAGAUCUGCGCUAUCGCUUCAUACUCCUUUGUCGUGUCCUACAUUAUGCUUCUCAUUCUCAGAUACAUCCCCGGGAUGGAAUUCCGGGUGAAUGACGAGGAUGAAAUGCUUGGACUCGAUCAGACUAAGUUCUUUGAUGAGCAGAUUGGGGAUUGGUCUAUGAUGGCUCAUGGGACAGCUACCCCGACCUUGGUCGGGGUAUCAAAGGAUUCCUCCGCUUCCGUGACUGAGUGCGGAGAAAGGAAAACUAGCGACGCAUAAUUUGUAUGACCAUUAUUUGUUCAAGAUGAAUGUCAUUAGAGUUCAGUACACAUGCAGAAGGUGCACCUAGAACGGUUCGAUAAGUCGAUACAGCCUGCCUGAGCGAGUCUUCAUGUGAUUCCGUUUGAUUGUAUCGACUCAUAGUAGUAUUCAGUACCCCGCGAAUGCAGUGCAGAGCAAAGGUAGGGUACAUAAUGCUUGAUAACAGCCGCCCUCGUCAGGGGCGUGUCUUGGAGGCGUGGAAUAUAUGCUCACGUGCCAUGCUGACUGAGCGGCUCACCGCCCGGGCAAAAUCAUCGGCG